GUCAGACCAUGUUUGUCUUCUAAGAUCUAUAGUAUGAACCAUAGAAUAAAGAGGUCAAAAGCAACACGCCAAAAUGUCAAAUCCUAUAGAAAAAAAAACUCUUCAUUCUUUUGCCCAAAUAACCAUUCAUUACCGUGAAUAUUUUUUUCAAUUUUUUCAAAGAAAUUAUUGAAUUAAAAUCAUUAAAAUGAAAUUCCCAUCAAACCGAACGCUCGGUAAAAUAGUUGUUUAUGGAGCAGUAGCUUCCAUAUCUGGUGUCAUGUAUAUGCGCUACUCAAUUCAGGAUCGCAUUCGUAACACACAAUAUUUUAAAUCGGCACUUCAGACUCUCCGGCAACAUAAAGGUGCUGUAAGUCUUUUGGGUGAGCCUAUUAAAGAAAUAGGAUUCGAUUUAGCUGACGAGAAAAAGAAUAGCUGCGAUGGAAAUAAAGCACAUUUUGAAGUUUCUGUAAAAGGACCAAAGGAUAAAGGAACAAUCUUCUUUUGGGCAACACGAACCGAUGAACUAGGUUGGGUUUUGGAUAAAUUAGACUUGGAGGUUAAGUCCCAACCGGAUAAGAGAUUCUUGAUAAAAAAGGCUGAUAUAUAAGCUUUUGUAUUUCAUUUUUAUUGUAUUUAAGUACAUCCUAAUAAACUGUUAUAAUUGUAUUAUUA